AACGGCAGCAAACAAUACAAACUAUGUUGUGGAAAUCGAUACAGAGAAGACAGGAUUUAAGAUUUUACGGAAGAGCAAUAAUCAGAUUAUCUUUGAUACUCAAGAUUUUGGUGGAUUUAUUUUCUCUGACCAGCUGUUGGAAAUAUCUGCUCGUUUGCCAUCACAUCACAUCUACGGACUGGGCCAGCAAAGAAAUGAUUUCAAGCUGGACAUGAACUGGAAGAAAAUCACUCUUUUCAACCAUGAUCAGCAUCCAAAAACUGGAACCAACCUGUAUGGCAGCCACCCAUUCUACCUGGCUAUGGAAGAAUCAGGUGACAGCAGUGGAGUGAUGCUUCUCAACAGUAAUGCAAUGGAUAUUGAUUUGACUCCUGCUCCUGGCAUCACGUAUCGUACUAUUGGAGGUCUUCUGGACUUCUACAUCUUUCUGGGCCCUUCACCUUCAGAUGUGAUCAGACAGUUCACUUCACUUGUGGGGCGCCCUUUCCUACCCCCUUACUGGAGCUUGGGCUUCCACCUCUCCAGGUCUGGGUAUAAAACACUCAAUGAGACUAAAAAAGUGUGGCUUCGCACCAGGGAUGCCAAAAUACCUUUUGACACUCAAUGGAAUGAUCGAGAUUACAUGAAAAACAAUAAUGAUUUCACUUAUGACAAUGAAAGUUUCAACGGACUACCAGACUUCGUUGAUAUGCUUCACAAGGAAGGGAUGCACUACAUGGUGAAGAUAGAUCCAGGAAUAGGUACAGGAGAGCUCCCAGGCACGUACCUUCCUUACGAUGAGGGAAUAGCUCAACGUGUCUUCGUCUCAGACAUUUCUGGCUACCGCCCCUUUAUGGGAAAGGUGUGGAACAAGAAAUACACAGUUUAUGUCGACUUCUUCAAGAGAUCUGCUGUGGAUUACUGGUUAACACAGUUACGUCGUCUACAUGAAAUAUUUGCUUUUGAUGGAACUGGGCUUGACAUGAAUGACCCAACCAACUUCCUGAAUGAUUCCGGGAGGAGUUGUCCCAAUGUAUCACUAGAAUACCCCCCAUUCACGCCCGCCAUAGCCGGAUGCUACCUUUCCACACAUACUCUCUGCAUGUCAGCCAAACACCAGAGAGGAAUUGCCCAUUAUAACCUUCACAACGUCUACGCCCUUGCUGAGGCUCUAGUCACCAGCUUUUCAAUGCAGCAGAUACGGAAUAAGAGAGCAUUUGUGGUCUCUAAAUCCUCUUUCCUGGGUCUCGGUCGCUAUGCUGGUGUCUGGACAGGGGACAUAGAAUCUUCUUGGGAAGACAUGGCAUAUUCCGUCAGUGAUAUCCUGAGCUUCAGCUUGUUUGGUAUCCCAAUGGCAGGAGCUGACAUCUGUGGGUACCGUGGCAACACUACAGUUUAUCUCUGUCAACGCUGGAGCCAGUUGGGAGCCUUUUAUCCCUUUUCUCGUAACCACAACUCUAACGAAAGCGUAGACCAGGAUCCUAAGGCUCUGGGAGAUCUGGUGGUGGAGUCAGCCCGCAGUGCCCUUCUAGUACGCUACACUCUCCUGCCAUACCUCUACACACUGUUCUGGCAGGCUCACACCUAUGGAGAUACUGUUGUCAGACCGUUGUUUUUCGAAUUUCCCAGUGAUAGUAAGACAUUUGCCAUAAAUUCUUACUUCAUGUGGGGACCUGCACUUCUCAUCGCCCCUGUACUGCAGGAA